GCCUCCCAUCUCCACCCUCCCGUACUUCCCCCUUUUCGAAUCCAGCCGAACCGCACGCCCCUCGCUAGGGUUUCGAGCUUCUCCGGCGAUGUCGUCGCUCAAGCCCGACGAGAAGGCCGAUUUCCGGCGCAAGGGCUACAAGACCUCCGUCGACGCGGAGGACGGCCGCCGGCGGCGCGAGGACGGGAUGGUGCUGAUCCGCAAGGCCAGCCGCGACGCCAGCCUCCAGAAGAAGCGCCGCGACGGCUACCCCGCCUCCGCCGCCUCCCUCGCCGGCGGCGCGCCGCAGAUGGGCCACUCCUCGGCGCUCCAGCAGAAGCUCGAGGGCCUGCCCGCGAUGGUGCAGGCCGUGCUCUCGGACGACGGCGCCGUGCAGCUCGAGGCCACCACGCAGUUCCGGAAGCUGCUCUCCAUCGAGCGGAGCCCUCCAAUUGAGGAAGUGAUCAGCACUGGUGUUGUUCCUCGCUUCAUUUUGUUCCUUACACGUGAGGACUAUCCCCAACUCCAGUUUGAGGCCGCGUGGGCACUCACCAACAUUGCAUCAGGCACAUCUGAUAACACCAAAGUGGUGGUUGAGGCUGGUGCUGUUCCCAUCUUUGUCAAGCUACUCAGCUCCCCAAGUGAGGACGUCCGUGAGCAGGCUGUAUGGGCUUUGGGGAAUGUCGCUGGUGACUCUCCAAAGUGCCGUGACCUGGUGCUUGGAAGUGGUGGACUAUUCCCAUUGUUGCAGCAGCUCAAUGAGCAUGCUAAGCUCUCGAUGCUCAGGAAUGCCACAUGGACCCUCUCCAACUUCUGCCGUGGGAAACCGCAGCCAAACUUUGAGCAGGUCAAACCGGCUCUCUCAGCACUGCAGCGCCUCAUCCACUCUCAGGACGAGGAGGUUCUCACUGAUGCCUGCUGGGCUCUCUCAUACCUUUCUGAUGGAACUAAUGAUAAGAUCCAAUCUGUGAUUGACUCUGGUGUUUUCCCUAGGCUUGUGGAGCUCCUCACGCACCCUUCGGCUUCUGUGCUCAUUCCAGCUCUACGUACGGUGGGUAAUAUUGUUACCGGUGAUGAUUUGCAGACUCAGUGUGUCAUUGAUCAUCAAGCACUUCCCUGCCUCUUGAACCUCUUGACCACCAAUCACAAGAAAAGCAUCAAGAAAGAAGCAUGCUGGACUAUCUCAAACAUCACUGCUGGUAACCGGGACCAGAUUCAGGCUGUGAUCAACGCAAACAUAAUUGCUCCUCUAGUACAUCUUCUGCAAGGUGCUGAAUUUGACAUCAAGAAGGAGGCAGCUUGGGCAAUUUCAAAUGCCACUUCUGGUGGAACACAUGAUCAGAUUAAGUUCCUUGUUGCCCAGGGUUGCAUCAAGCCGCUCUGUGAUCUGCUGAUUUGCCCGGAUCCCAGAAUUGUAACAGUUUGCUUGGAAGGCCUUGAGAACAUCUUGAAGGUCGGGGAGGCAGAAAAAAACCUUGGGGCAGGGGAUGUCAACAACUACGCGCAGAUGAUUGAUGAUGCCGAGGGGCUGGAAAAGAUUGAGAACCUUCAGAGCCAUGACAACACUGAGAUAUACGAGAAGGCAGUCAAGAUGCUCGAGUCCUACUGGUUGGAGGAGGAAGAUGAGGCCAUGCCUUCUGGUGAGAACCCACAGAACGGCUUCAACUUUGGGAAUCAGCAGAACUCGGCUCCAUCUGGUGGGUACAACUUUGGCUGAAGAUACCCGGAACUGUGUACCGUAGCUACUUGCUUGGGACUAGUCAGAACUGGGGGGAGUCUUGUCGUUUGAGUCAUGGUUGGGUCCUGUCGGUCUGGUCUCAAGCAGUCGUCAUGUCAGUCUAAGAAGGGUCAGUCCUUUGUGCUGCAUCAUCAGUGGUGCAGUUUGGUCAAUGGUCAGUGUUCAAGGUCAGGUGGUUGGAUGAUUUGGGUUCUGCCUCUCCCUGUGGUGGGAGCAUGGGGGAGGGUGUUCAGAGCCGCAGGUGUUGUCGGGAGAGUCGCCAGUCGGGUUUUGCCUCCUAUAUAUAUAUAGCCUGAAUGAAAAUUAUAUUGAUAUAUCUGUCUGAGGUAAAAAAGAACCUUGAAAGAUAGGGUUUUCACGGUUGUGUCGGUUUUUCUCAGAAGUGUUUCUGUGCUUCUGUGCUGUAUUAACUUGUCGGAAGAGUAUUGGCACAACUUAUAAACAUCAAUAGUAGGGUUUGGUCUGUUCA